AAGGGAGACAGUCCAUGUAGCCAGAGCAGCUUUUUUUAUUUAUUAUUAUAUUGAUAUGGAAUGGUGUGUGCUAUUUACACGAUUUUUUUUUUCAAAUAUGUUAUGUUUUAAAACAUAACAUGAAACAGUAAAUUUAUGGCUAAUAGAAGGUGGGUCAAUUCUGUUUUCGAGAUCUAGCAUCGGAAAACUGCAAUUUUCCGGGCAAAAUCGUACUGGGAUUCAUCUUUUUCCCGAGAAAAUCCCAUGUCGGAGGUGUCUCUAUAGUGUGCUCUGUUUCAACUCCAACCAACUUAUUAUCCCUCUUUCUCAUUCUUUCUGUGUCCUUUUUGAUUUUUUUAUAAAAUAGUACAAAAUGCAAUGUUACAUUAGGAUUAGGGUCAACCAAACUUUGUUAUUAUCAUUGUUUUUGCUUCAAAAUCUCAAAACAGAGUUUUCUUCAUAAAAAAAAGUCCAUGUUGGCUUUUUCUAAUGCCAAUUUAAUUAGAAGUUCCAAAACGUUUUGUGAUGAUUUUUAAAAUAGCAGAGUAGUCUGGGGCUCAAAUUUAAUAACACAAAACACUGAACUUCAAAAAAAAAAAAAAAAAAAAAAAAAAACAGAGCCUAUAAUCUUAUUAUACCUUUUUUUUUUAAAUAAAAAACAUCUGGGCUGGACUGGAAACGUUUCUCCUUCGUGUCAUGUUGUUCCAUUUAAAGUUUUCUUUUUUCUGGUUUGACUGAAUAUUGAAAAAAGUUGAUUAGUAACGCUUCCUUUAAACAUUUUUGCAUGCAAUUGAUUUGAGCCGUUCAUUUGUCACUCGAUAGUUUUCGUUCUCAUCUAUGUGGUUUUUGCUAUAAAAUUUCACCUUCUCUGCUUGUGUUCUUCUCUCCUAAAACAGUGUUUUCUCCUCUAAACAAACUGUUUCCUCUCUCUUUCUCUCUCUGUCUCUGUCUCUGUCUCCGUCUCUGUCUCUCUUAGCCUUUUUUUUCCUUUUCCAAAUCCUCUGUUUCUGUUGCCUUGACUGCUCUGUUUUUCUGGAGAAAAAUGGCUAAAAUUCCCAGCUUUUUCUCACUGAAGCACUUGCUGGUGCUAUCACUUGCUCUGAAUGUGAGUUUGAUCAUGAGGGUCGUCUUUGAAGAUGACAAACAAGGCCCUCUUUUCGGCUUCUCUCUGAUGAGGCAAAGAGGGUCUUCGAUGGCAGACGCUGAAGCUAGCCAGAGGACACUACUGGCUAAACCACCACCAUCAUCAUCAUCAUCUUCUUCGUCGGCCAAAACGAGUAUUGCAGAAGUUGAAGAUGGCAGGGAAAAACUAGUAAAUCUUGAUCAUGGUGACCCUACAAUGUAUGAAAACUACUGGGAGAAAAUAGGUGACAAGACCACAAUUGUGAUCCGGGGAUGGCAUUCCAUGAGCUAUUUCUCAGAUAUCAAUAGCAUUUGCUGGUUUUUAGAGCCCGAGUUUGCCAAACAAGUUGUGAGGCUUCACAAAGUCGUGGGAAAUGCUGAGACUGAAGGUCGCCAUAUUGUGGUUGGUACAGGCUCUUCUCAGUUGUACUUAGCAGCUUUGUUUGCUCUAUCUCCUCAAGAAGCAACUGAACCCAUCCAUGUCGUUUCUGCAGCUCCAUACUAUUCAUCGUACCCAUCUAUGACUGACUAUCAAAAGUCAGGGCUUCACAAAUGGGCCGGUGAUGCAAAUAACUUCACCAAAAUGGGGCCAUAUAUUGAGCUGAUCACUUCACCAAACAACCCUGAUGGGUUUGUGAGACACUCUUGUGUGAACAAGAGUGGUGGAGCAAUGAUAUAUGAUCUUGCUUACUACUGGCCCCAGUACACACCCAUAUCUUCCCCGGCAGACAACGACUUGUCGUUGUUCACAGUCUCGAAGAGCACCGGACACGCUGGCAUUCGUAUUGGUUGGGCUCUGGUCAAAGACCCCGAGGUAGCCAAACGAAUGACCAAAUUCGUGGAGCUCAACACCAUAGGUGUGUCCAAGGACUCGCAGAUCCGAGCUGCGAAGAUACUCGAAGUUGUGGCGGACAGCUGCGAGGAAUCUGGCAGCUCGGAGUUUGAGGAGUCCUUCUUUGAGUUCAGUUACCAUCUCAUGGCAGAGAGGUGGCAACAGCUCAGAGAGACUGUGAGCAACAGCGGUGGAUUCUUCAGCUUGCCUCGAUUUUCUCCUGAUUUCUGCCAUUUCCACAGCCAAAUCCUGCAGCCUCAUCCUGCUUUCGCAUGGCUAAGAUGCAAGGAUGGCAUCGAGGACUGCGAAAGCUUCCUUAGAGGCCACAGGAUAUUGACAAGAGGAGGGAGGCAUUUCGGUGCGAGCUCGAGUUAUGUUCGGGUGAGCAUGUUGGAUAGGGACGAAAACUACAGGUUGUUCCUGAAGAGACUGUCCACUAUCCGCUGAGACAUCAGCGCUGGAUGCCAUGUUUCCCUCCUCAUGUGGUGCAAGAGAAAUUGCUGGAGCUGCAACUGCCAUGGGGGAAAUAGGGUGUCAAAAAAAUAAGGGAUUUGAGAAAAAGAAAAAGAAAAAUUAUUUAUUUGUAGAGCAAAGAAAUUAAAUACAGUUUUUAGUGUUAUGUGUAUCAGAGAUUGUAAGAGUUGAUCUCUCUUAAUGAAAUUUUGUAGCUCAAAUACUAUCUAGUUUUCUACA